CCACACGACCUUUUGGCUGCUGUACAUUUUAGUACAGGGUACCAAAGCCAAACCCUCGUUCUGCCUGACAGUACCUCAAGCAUUGAACAGGCAUUCCAGGGUGAUACUGUGUUGUUGCCAAAGCUCACUUCACAGGAACUUAGGCAAGUGACAGCACCUUUCAGUUUUGAGUGUCGUCAGAAGGUCUAACCCCAUGGGGGCGUCUACCUCCACGUUCGCGAGUCCAGGAGAUACUAAAGAUGCAGUAGAUAGUGAGGCUUCACCAGAAGCUACUCCGUCCGAGCUCGCUCGAGUUUCCAGCCCUAGCCGCCAUGACGCUGACAGGGUUGUCAACUCCGCGGCGUGCUCGUUGGACGACGCUUCGCUAUCAAACCAAGCGGAUGGGCCUUGUCGGAAACGCACGACGAUAGAUAGCCUUCCGGAGGAGGUCCUGGUGAAGGUUCUUGCUGCUGUCAGCUCCACUGCCGAGAACCCCGCCGAAGUUGUUUCGCCCUCCAUGACGUGUCGGCGGUGGAAGCGAGCGAGUCAGGACAGGGAUGUGUUGUGCUCCACGUCGAGGGGGGGCGUGGCGGUGCGAGCGAGGCAGUGGAGCAUCGGCGCUUUCAUCUUUCUCCGCCGGUUGAGCGAAAACGGCUGUCUGGAAGCCUGCUUCAUGCUCGCCAUGAUCCUCUUCUACUGCAUCCCUGAGGCGCAAUUCGAAGGCGGGCGGCUUCUUAUGCACUCGGCUCGGCAGGGCCACGCGGCCUCGCUGCAUGCGGCGAGCAUCCUCAGUUUCAACGGCAGCGGCCUGGGGCAGCAGCACAAGGACGUGAAAGUCGGCGUGGCGUUAUGUGCGAGAGCGGCGGCUCUCGGGCACACGGAAGCCAUGCGCGAGCUAGGCCACUGCCUCCUGGACGGCUACGGAGUGCGCCAAGACGUCCAGGAAGGCUGGAGGAUGCUUCUUGAGGCGCAAGCAGCGGAGCUCUCACCGAUUAACUCCCCGCACCUGUCGGCCCUCGCGUCCCUCAUCGCUUCCGCCAAGCGAAAGAGUGACGUCGAUAGCAGCGUCGCUGCCAAGAGGCCCCGCAGCCUCGACUCCUUCGGGAAUGUCGCCGCCGUGGGUUGCGCAGAGCAGGAGGCGGCGGUACAGGCGCUGUUGGGCGUGGAGUCCAAGGGCGCGUUCACCAAGCAUGGCAUGCCCGUUUCACCCGGAGGAGGGGCCAACUUUAAGCCUCCUUCCGUUUUUCGCGUCGACGCCUCGGCCUGCGGACCGUCCGUGACGCUCGCGCCGAAGAAGGCCGCCGCCCCAGCCGCGGCUGCUUGGACUAGUCCCCUCGAGGCGACGAAGUUUGCCAGGCCUGCGCGACAAGUUCGCCAGGCGCGUCGUCAAGCGCGUAUGCCGUCGCAGGAGUUGCAGGACUCACAGUCGCAGCAUCUCGAGGGCAAGACGGCCGUCAUGCUUAAGCUACUCGCGGCUCUCAAGGCCGGCAGCUUCAAGCUUACUGCGGAGUCUAUCGCUAAGCUGCAGCCGAUUCUCUCGAGCGUGCAGACGUCGCUGCUCCCCUCCGCCGCGCACCCCGCGCACGUGUUCGUCAAGGAUUGGUUCGCCGUCAGGGCCGCCAAGGAGUGCGGUAAGAGCGCCGCGUGCAGCGACCUUGGCAGUGCGAAGGACAUGGCGGCGCUUGGUCUGGACGCCAUGGGCGAGGCUACCCUCGGUGUGUGCAACCGCGAGUCGUGCGGGCGGCCAGAGAAGCGCGCGCUGGAGUUUUGGCGGUGCUCCACGUGCUGGAGCGCGCGCUACUGCAGCCGCUCGUGCCAGCUGCACGACUGGCACGCGAGGCACGGCGCGGAGUGCUGCGCCCAAUUCUCAGUGGCUGGUGGCGCGGCGGCCUUCGUGGCUGCUGGAAUAAGCGCGGACGCUGGGGGGGUGCGCCUUGCUUCUUAACUGAUUCUCGUUCUCUUGCAACGGCAGAUGAGGGCCUGCCAUUUCCACGUCAUGUUCAUACUCUUGUCGAUGAGACAUGUAGUACUAUUGCCUAGUCUAGGGUUGCUAUAACUACAUCGUUUUUUGGGGGAAGGAAACGCCUGCUUGCGUACUACAGUACCAGAGUAAUGAGCGCAGGAUAUACCUGGGAUUUUCUAACCGAAAGAAGGGUUCGUUCAUUUUGAGUUGUAGCAUGGUUGUUUGAGGCGCUGUACGUCAGAGCUGAACACCGAU